UCAUCAUUUGAAAAAUGGCGGGUUCCGGUGAUGGUAGCAUCCCGGGAGCUCCCGUAAACACAGUGUUUACGGUUGAACCAAAGCUGUUGCAGGACGCUCCAGAAGUUUUACUUUGCUGUGUAAACACUCACCAGUUCCCAAUCCAUUUCUCGGGGGUUUCGUGCAUCGAAGUAGUUACACGGCGCUGUCACAUAGCAGUACCGGGCGACCCGCCGUCAGUGCGCCGGCUGUGCUUGAUGCCUGAUCGGAACCUGGAUAGCCUGUUCGCCGGGGUGACUUCCCCAGUGAAACUACGGAUCAAGUCUAGUUCUACCAUUGAUUUCGAAUGUUCUAAAGAUGCUGAUAGGCAGCAGGCCAGAGGUACCCUUCUUUGGGACACAGAGAUACUGCCAACAGACUAUGCAGCCUCCAUACUUCCAGCAGUGACGACAGAUAUCCCGGCUGACUUACCGUACGAGACAGACAUUCAGCCUGUAGACCCCAAUCUACCAUACCCUGACCAUUGCAACUGUCAGAUGUCUGAAUCUGUACAGUCACCUCCAAUACUUUGCGACAUGCAAACAGAAUCACAACUAGACCCUCUUGUAUGUAGCUUGGAGGACUUGCAUUUUUCUUCAGAUGGGGGGGAGUCAGAUGACCAAGAUCUAAAUGCAGAGUCGGAAGAAGACGAAGACACAGAUAACCAUGCUGCAAGUCGUAUGAGUGGGCAGAUUUUUUCUGUUGUUGGCUCUACGUGGCAUACUAGUUGUCAGGCUGUGCUAGAUAAGUGUGAAAAAUUGAGAAGGGAGGGAGAAGAUGUCAAAGUCCAGUUAGCCUUUGAGCCCACCAAUAUCAAGGAUAGGAAUGCCAUCGUGUUUGAAAUGUUCAUAGAAAACACUUGGCAGAUAGUGGGUUAUUGCCCAGGCCCCAAAGUCCCCAAAGUGACAAGAGCAAUGAGAAAUGGUACCAUCACUGAGAUUGUGAUGCACAAGUUGACUCAUGCCUACUGCUUCCCUGCAAAGAAAUUCAUGUACAAAGUUAAGGUGAAGAUUGUGAAGAGAGGAAGUUGGGAAGGCGAUGCAACAGACUACAGGUUCAAUUCGGUCAUUGUAUAAAAAGUAUAACGAGGCAACAACCCAUCAACUCGAUUUGAUCUGUAGUUUUAUUGGGAAUUUUGUCACUCGCUUGUGCCUCCACUCUUAACUUUCUUAGCUAGGACACGUUUUGCCAAUUCUUUAUACAUGUAUAUGGAAGCAAAUCACCCUCUCUUCCUCCAUACCCCACCUCUCAGGAGGAAGUUCCAUGCCAAAAGCAUCUUUCCAAAAACUACAUCACUAUGGAACAAGC